GUCGAGUCAAGCGUCGCGGGAGUCGCAGAGCUCGCGUGGAUCUUGGGGCAGGACCCUGAGCAGGCCUUCAAGGAGGCCGAAGCUCGCGAGCGAGCCUGGGCGACUAGGAAGGCGGACAGCGACCCAGCCGAACACAGACCAAAGAAAAUACAACGGCUUUCGAGCUUCCAUUGGAUGGCGCGGGUAGACAAGCAAAUCGAGUGGUCCACUGGAACUGGCUUGUCGCAGUUCCAGUACGACAAGCCCAUCCCUGCGCGCGGGGAUCCUUGGACAUGGAAGCGCCUUGCCAUUUCUCCUGACAGAGAGUCGUCCGGUGUCUGCGCACUGAACGCCAUGAAGCACCGCCUGCACCUGAACGCGUGGGUGUGUUUCGAUUGGUCCCACGAUUGCCACAACGAUUUUGACUUGGCUUUAGACGCUGCUGGGUUGCAUUACUUCUUGAUGACGUUCGUCCUCGUAGCCAACGUCCCGUGUGCUGACUGGAACAGUGGCGCCAAGUGGCAGCAGGUGAAGGCCACAAUGGACAGCUACUUCGCCAGCGGCGACCCCCACGCGUCACCGAUGUUCCAAAAGAUUGCGCCUCGGAUCUUGGAAUCCUUGCCAGACGCUGGUGUCAUCACCUCCAUGAAAGACCCCCUCAUGGAGGUUUGGAACCGCACGGCGGCUGCUUGCCCGUGGCACAAAAAAGAUGCAAAGCUGGAGGUGAGCAGGUUUUUGGGCCCCUUGCAACGCGUCAAAGCUGACCUGCGCCAUGCCCCCUUGUAUGAAUUAGCGUACACUGUGACGUGCCUUCACAUGGACCUGUUGCACGGGAAAAAGUUUCUCGAGGUGCAUUUCAGCGGGCUUUCUCCGACCGUGGAAUCCGCUGGGGGUGCCACCACAUCCAAGAAAAUGGCAGCCGAGGAGAAAACGCUCCGAGCCAGCUGCAAGAACCCGUUGGUUUUGGCGAUGGUCUUCUGGAGCGACCCUGGGAACAUCAAGCGCCUCGGGAUCAUAUCGCAGGUUGGCAACGAGCUCCUCCGAUGGCAAUCCCAGCAGGUAACGGACCUCAGAGAAUUCGGGAAGGUCCCGAAGUUCCUGUUCAUGCAGUGCAGCGGGAUGUUUUGCGACAGCCUGGCCAAAAUGUUCAACGCUCUGUCGAGCGAGGCGUUUGGGCAGAUCACGUCGCCA